ACACACACACACACACACACACACACACAAUGGAAUAACACCAUCCUCUGAUCUGCUAGGCUCACAGGUCAUCAAUUGAACAUUGGAAAUUAGCCACUUUAACACGGGCAGGAGAGACCGAGCGCUGACCUCACUGUCUGCUGCUCUGUGGACACUGGACGCAGCACCCUGGAUGAGUUGUGCUAGGGUGUUUUCGAGGGGGGGUGUAUGUGGGUGUGAGUGAGUGUGUGUGUGGGUGUAGAUCCACGGAUUGAAAGUGUGUGUGUGUCUGUGAAUAUGCGUGCGUGAGUGCCUGCUUGUCUGCAUUAGUGUUAUGUGUUGACUCCCAUGCAGCGAUCUCACCAGACUGUCACAAAGACCCGACGGUUUUUGGGCUGCUGUUUGCAUCCUCGUCGCUGCAGUGCUGUGGUGGUGGACGAGGGACCGCCAGGCCAGGCCAGGCCAGCCCCCCCCCCCCCAUCUGGGUCCAGUCAACGAGUAAAGGGGUGUGUUCUGUUCAGUGGGAAGCCCGGACAAGGGGAGCAGGCAGGCAGUGUGACCCACAGUGCCCGCUCGCCCUCUGCUCUCGUCAGCAGGGUUGGAUCAUCAGCCAUGCAGGCCUUCGCUGUGACAAUGCCCCUACUCCGCUAUGCCACAGUCCUGCAGGUGUUCUUUGUUUUGGGAAAGUCCAGCACGGCCAGACCGCCCUGUCAUGACCCCAACCUCACCUGUACGUCUACGCUACAUGGAAAGGAGACUGGGGCUGUGUCUGAGCCCAACACUCAGCCCAUCAUCCGAGCGUUACAAAAGCCCGGAAAUCCAAAAAGCGUGCGUGCAAGACUUAGAGGUCAGGCAGCAGCCGAACAGAAACCCGACAGAUUUCCCAUUCAAACGCAGCAAGUCAACUCACGCAGUGUUCAGGGUUCAGAGGUCAGGGUGACUCUUACAGCUGCUGCUGCUGCUGCUGCUGGAGCCUCUAUCAGUGAUAGAGAUACACCUCCAAGUAGGGAUAAAGACUUGGGAAGAAAAAGGUUUUCACCGAAGGGAGGCAAAGCCCUGAAGCAGAAAGAACAUGGUAGCGGUGCCUCCUAUGAGGCAGAUUCUCUCCUCCCUGCGACUGAUGAGCAGGCUGGAGACGCAAGGCAGCGGCCCUCUCGCUUAAUUACGGAUAAAUCCCAAGCGAAGGACCGGGACCCCGGGGGGGCUGAGGCUCGAGACACAAACACGACGGCAUCACCACAGGCAUCGACCACCCCUCGAGCUCAGAGCCAAGCGAAUGACCCUCCUUCCACCGACGAAGAGGGAUCAACGUUCGCUGAAACGUCUUAUGUGUCGGCUAGUGAGGACCUCGAGACGACCAUCUUUAGCCCCGUCAUCGAGACGGAAACCCCCACGGCUUCAGGCCUUCAGACCUCUGGUACAGGAGGAGACGGGGAGUCAUCCAGUCAGGACACGACUUCCUCUAGUGGGCCAGAGGGCUUUCAGAUGGCAACUCAAGACACUCAGCUCUACGGCCCAACCAGCGAAUCAGGGUUGUAUGUCUCCUUAAAGGCGGGAACAGGGAACGAGGGUAGCGCUGGGGAGCCGAAGCAGCCCGAGGUGACGCAGGUGGAAACACUCGAAGCACCUUCACCUACGACGUCCUCUGGAGAGGGAGAGCCCAUCUCGGGGGAUGAGAAGGAAAGAGGUAGGGCCUCGGAUGUACAAACUGGAGCACUGGAUGGUGGGAUGGACGGGAUGGAUCUGAUGCCAGAGGGAUCUGAGGUGGAUGAACUCGUGCCGCGUGUGAACGUAGAGUACGCGUCUUGUCCAACCGAGAGAGCUGUCGCGUCUUCUCAUGGUGAGGCACCGAGUGGGGAGGACGUGGAUGGAGGCAUCGGUCUGGAUGCACAGACGGGGAUGAGCGCAGCAGAGGUAGGCCAUGACAAGGUGCUCGAGGUGGGUCCCGACGAGGCCACACCGCCCGACUGGUCCGGCGGCAGACGUGGAACCGAGGGAGAGACGGAGGCAGGUAUCCACGACGAGAAAGGUGAAGCAACGCAAUUAGAUUUAGAGGAAGAGAUACGGUUGGAAAGAGGGAUGGUACCAGGAGAGGAUUUUGACGACAUAGAUAUAGACCAUGAUUCAGCCCUCGAUGGCAACGCCAGGCAUCUUGUAGAAGCUGAAGGCACCAGGAUGUCUACGGUCCAGCUAGACUCCAGACAUCUGCAGCAGCAGGACAAGGCUGCAAACCACACUUAUCACCACACAACAUACAGUCCUGGGAUCAGAGGCCAGAGGGGACAUCAGGGCCUGCCUGGGUUACCUGGACUUGCUGGACCUAAAGGAGACAAAGGCUAUGAAGGAGGGAUGGGCAGGACGGGGAGGACUGGCUACAGAGGCCCCGUCGGCCCUCCCGGGAUGCCCGCCAUUGUGGUGUUCAAAACGUCUGAAGAAGAGUGGCAGGCCUUCAAGAAAAAGAAGUUCUACAAGAAGCUGGUUUCAUCUUGGCCGAAAGUGAAGGGGCGUCUCGGGCCCCCAGGACCUGCUGAUGACAAAGGACCAAUUGGGCCGCCUGGCAUCACUGGCAAACAAGGAAGGAAAGGAGACCCAGGGAAAAUCGGAGGGCCAGGGCCACAGGGGUUGCCAGGGCCCCAGGGAAGAGCUGGCGCAGAGGGGAUCCCCGGACAAAAUGCAGAGGCUGGCACUCCCGGCCUUGCAGGAGAACAGGGCCCCCAAGGAUACAGUGGAGAGAAGGGGGCCAACGGGGAGCUGGCUGAGAGGGGUUAUCAAGGAGAGCCGGGCCCACAGGGAAACAGGGGACCUAAAGGAGAAAAGGGAAGCAAAGGAAGCAGCGGCCUCAUUGGGAUUACAGGAUACAUUGGGAUACCUGGGGGUAGAGGCCCAACCGGGUUCCCAGGACCAUCAGGACCUCUGGGAGAUAUCGGAGCGAUUGGGUUUGCUGGAUCUCCUGGCCCACCGGGGAAACUCGGGCCAAAGGGAGCAAAAGGUGUCCCAGGAGUCAAUGGUGCUCCGGGUCAGCCGGGAGCGCUGGGCAUCAGGGGAUAUGCUGGACCUCAGGGAAAGGCCGGUUCUGACGGGGCGGUCGGGUUCCCAGGUGUCCGCGGCCCGCAGGGAAACCCAGGGCCGGACGGUCCAUUGGGUCCAAAGGGAGACCCUGGGGGUCUGGGCAAUGAGGGUUCAAUAGGGGAACCGGGCAUAUCAGGAGCCAAUGGAGCCAAUGGGAAGGCAGGAAUCCCUGGACCCUCAGGUGAUCCUGGAGCCAAAGCCAAUCGGGGUGAAAAGGGUGAAACAGGUUUCCAGGGAGACAUUGGCCCCCCAGGACCUCCAGGUAAACGCAGGUUCAAGGGCCUUAGUGGACCCCCCGGGUUGGAGGGCGUGACCGGACCCCCAGGACCAACGGGUCUACCCGGACUAAGUGGGGUGGACGGGAUCAUUGGCGAACAGGGAAAACAAGGAGACGAUGGACUGAAGGGAAAUCGCGGUCCAACAGGAGUUCAAGGGAAUCCAGGCCCUAGAGGCAAAAAGGGUCGAGAGGGACGAGUGGGCUUUUCUGGGCUGCUUGGUCCAUUCGGCGAGAUGGGGAAGUCUGGAGAGCUCGGUUCUGAAGGGGAACUUGGUAUUAAGGGAAGGCAUGGGAUCCCAGGUGUGACAGGAGCUAAGGGCCACAAGGGCCUGCAAGGUCACCUGGGAUUGAAGGGACAAGAUGGUGUCCAUGGAACACCGGGAGCGAUUGGGAUGAACGGUAUCAACGGAGAUAGUGGACCUCCUGGACACAGGGGAAUACCUGGGAAAACAGGAGGUCCUGGUGUCCAAGGCCUAGUUGGAAAGAGUGGAGAUGUAGGGGCCAGAGGAAUGCUGGCAAAGCCAGGAAAGCCAGGAAUUAGAGGGGUUAAAGGCAAAGAAGGACUGAAAGCUCUUCCAGGGACUCCCGGAGUAAAGGGAGGCAGAGGAGAAGAUGGGCCCAUUGGAAAACCAGGCCCAACAGGUGAGAUUGGCAUACCUGGUCCAAGAGGAUAUACAGGAGCUUCUGGCAUCCAGGGCAACAUUGGCCCCUGGGGGGACCUUGGUCUCCGCGGACCCCCAGGUGACGCGGGCCCUUUAGGGCCAGUCGGGCCCCGUGGGGUCACAGGUUACCCAGGAAAAGAUGGGCCCCAAGGCCCGACGGGCCCCUCAGGUUUGAAAGGCGAUAAGGGAUCUUUAGGGUCCGGGGGUCAGAAGGGGGUUGCCGGUGUCGAUGGUGAGGAGGGCCCAAUUGGAACGAGGGGAGUCGAGGGCACGUCAGGGCAGAGAGGGAGUGCUGGUGAGAAAGGGACGGUUGGCCCUGCAGGAGAAAAGGGAACGAGGGGACUUCAGGGAGAUGAAGGAAACCGUGGGCUUCAGAGGCCAAAAGGGCCGCCAGGAAAAGAGGGCAACAGUGGAGUAACGGGAGGCAGAGGUAGCCAGGGCGUUCCAGGACUGAAGGGUUCGCUCGGUGUGAGGGGACCCCCUGGCCCCCCCGGUCGGUACGGACCAGGGGGAGACACCGGAGUGGGAGGAGCCAAAGGAGAGAAGGGCCUCCAUGGACACACUGGCCCGCCGGGUAGUCUUGGUUUCCAGGGACCCAUUGGGCCAUCAGCACCAGGCUUGCCUGGUGAUAGAGGAACAGAUGGGAAAUCAGGACUCGAUGGGCCGAAGGGAGAAAAUGGCGAACAGGGCUGGCUUGGCCAUCCAGGCAUCAAGGGAGCGAUGGGAAGUAGAGGUCAAACGGGGGCAAAGGGAGAGGAGGGAACACGUGGGGUAUCUGGUUCACUGGGGAAGUUGGGGUUCACUGGCUCUCCAGGGGGCAAAGGUCAUCCAGGGCCUAGCGGUCCGCCAGGUCAUCAAGGAAGUAAAGGAUUACAGGGAACAAAGGGGAAAAGUAGCCGGAAUGGGCACAGAGGAAGCAAAGGUGGUCCAGGGAAGUCUGGAGCUCAUGGCCCCAAAGGGAGUUCUGGCCCCGAAGGAAGACAUGGAAAGCCUGGCCUUAGUGGUUUGGAUGGCUUACUAGGAGUGGAGGGAAAUGAAGGCUAUACGGGUAGAACCGGGUUCAUUGGAGCUCCUGGAUCACCGGGGUUGACUGGCAAAAUGGGAUCACCUGGGCAACCUGGCAUCACAGGGAACAGUGGUUCACCAGGGUUUAAGGGUUAUUCUGGACCAAAGGGGGACCGCGGGCUUCCUGGACCAAUGGGCCCGCAGGGUAUUCCUGGACUCAGGGGAGAAAAGGGGGAGAUCAGAAACGCCGGCAAAAAGGGUCUCCCAGGUGAUGGAGGUUUAAAAGGACCAAUCGGACCACAGGGGCCAAAAGGGGACCACGGAUUACAGGGACAUAAUGGUCGAAGAGGUCUGAAAGGAAUGGAGGGAUAUACCGGCCUGGAUGGUCCACCUGGGAAAGAAGGAUUCCAAGGAACACCUGGUCUCCUUGGAAAGAAGGGAGUGAACGGUGUACAAGGAAACAGAGGACCGAAAGGUGUGAGGGGCAAACUUGGACUACCGGGUAAACCAGGUAAACCAGGCAAGCCAAGGCCCAGGAAAAGACCUCCAGCACCGCCAAGACAAAGCACAAGGCCUGGGUUAAGACCCAGAACAAGAGAUACCUUAAGACCUGCGUUGACCCGGAAUCCGAAACAAAAGAUAAAACCCAAACUCACACCACGAAGAAGAGGAAGACAAAAACAGUCUAGGUCAUUAUCCAGGAGAGCUCCUGAGGAUUACGAGGAAUUCUUCAGCUGGCCUCAAGGGACACAGAGCAACCCUGGCACCACCUGUUAUGAGCUAGGACUCAUCUACCCUGAUCUCAAUGAUGGUAACUUCUACAUGGAUCCUAACCAGGGCUGUCCUUUUGACGCUGUGCUGGUGUUCUGUAACUUCACAGCAGGGGGAUCAACCUGUAUUAACCCUCAUCCGCCACAGAUUACAGGGAGCUGGGAACCAGACAUUUUAAAAAGGACACCAACCAUGCAUUGGAUGACUGAUCAGCAAAGUUUCAAAACGGUUGAGUAUGCAGGCCUGGGUGUAGUCCAGCUGAGGUUUCUACAGUUACACAGUCUCACGUCCUUCCAGAGUGUGACCAUCCGUUGUCCCACCAAUCACUCCAGCAGAGCGUACAUACCUGAUUCAGCCAAUAUCCUUGUCCACUUGCUGGGAGACUCUGGGACGGAAAUUGGUUCGAACCUCAUUACAAUAUCCAGGGACGACUGUGAGGUCAAUUUACUGGUGAGGGUUAUGGGAAGUGCAGACCUCCACAGAGGUGAUAUGAAGCUACUUCCUGUCCAAAGUGUUGGUGUGGACGUCCCAGGGCUUUCCUCCCAGCUUCCUGAGAUAACUGCUGUCCUGGGACCCCUCUGCUUCCUAUAGUGUUUGUUUGUGUGUGUGUGUGUGUGUGUGUGUGUGUGUGUGUGUGUGUGUGUGUGUGUGUGUGUGUGUGUGUGUGUGUGUGUGUGUGUGUGUGUGUGUGUGUGUGUGUGUGUGUGUGUGUGUGUGUGUGUGUGUGUGUAUUAUGUAAAUAACUAUUGUUCGUUGUUUUUUUUUGCAUUAACAUGAAUAGUAUUAUUUCAAUUCAUCCUGUAUUACAUCUUUGUAUAAUUGUUUCAGUGUAUAAAUCUUAAUUGAGUGUGAUUAUUGAAUGGAUUGUUCAUUGUUUCAUUGUUACAAAGAUUCCCUGUAAUUUGAAUUAUAUGUUUAUGUUGGGUAACACUGCCUUUUGGGAUGAAACAUAUGUAGUGAUGUUAUUUACUUUGCACUUGCCAUAAUAUAACAAAGGUAUUUGUUAUUUUUCAAUAUCUCUUGAUUGUUUUUUACAGACAUAAACCAUUGGCCAUGAGGUUGACACUG